UGCUUAUGUAAAAUCCAGUCAUCUAUGCAGUGUUCGUUCUAGCAAUUUGUAUCUUUUCCAUAUAUGUAGUAAUGUACUUGUAAGUACAAUUUCAUGCUUAUGAAACUAAUCAAUCUUGAAACUACCUUUGAUGGACAAAAGCAAUGGCUGCUGCUUCUCUAGUGUGUCUUUUGUUGCUGUCUUUUCAAGUACCAUUUUUAUUGUCUCCUUGAUUUUGGUUCGUCUCCUUUAUGUCAUAUAUUGCAGAAGCAUGCCCUUGAGCAAAAGGUCUUCAAAACCAGUGGUCAUACUGUGGAGAUGCUUAAUCUAUUGGCAGUGUUACAGAAAGAUAGGUUUAAUCCAAGAUUCUACGUUGGCUACUGAUAAUAUGAGUCUUCAAAAAGCUCAGUUGCUGGAGAAUUCACUGGCUGCUGAGAAUGCAACAAGGGUCACCGAUACUACUCAGUUCAUGAAGAUAUUUCGGACCAGGGAAGUUGCACAAACUCUGCACCCUUAAUUAUAUAUUUUAUAAUUAAAAUUUUAAUAUAUAUAAUAUAAAAACCAUUUCAACCAGAUUAUGAUUGUACCACCCUGUAGUUGCUUUGCAACUGCAGGAAUCCUGGUUCGUAACUCUAGCAAAAAGCAUCAUGUUAGUUGGGUUCCAUGGUAAAUAAUUGACCGCGUCGGUCGGUUGCAUUCCAUGAUUCAUGGUUUUCCUGAUUAUAUUUAUGUUCUCUCUGCAUUUGGCAAGUGUUUUUAUGGGUUAAAUGAUUGCUAUUCUUUGUAGUAGUAUCGCUUAAUUACUAUGCUUUUCUUGCUAAGUAGCACCUCUAUAUCUUAAAUUUGGUGACGGCCAGGAAUAUUGAUAUUACUGUUUAUUCUCAGAUAGAUGAUUGAUUACUGUAUUUUUUUUUUUAUCCAACAAGCAUCUUUAAAAUUUAAUAUAUUUUGGUUGGAUUUUGUAAAAUUUUUAGGCUGCAGAUUACUCGUCUUUCUUCCGUAUUAGGUAAUUGCUUCAAGAAACUAAGUGGUAGAUCAACUUCCUUUCAAGGCAGAUGUACCUUUUCUUACGAUUGUGCUACGAUUGUUACGUUUGUGGACAAAUGUGUGACGGUCAUGAACUAUGGUAGCAGUCUUCUGCAAGUGACAAUUUCAAAACAUUUAUGGAAACAAUUGAAAACAAGGGCAGUAUGUAAUCCUCUCGGUUUCUUAUAAGGAAUCUUGUAAAUGAAUAUCCAAAGAUACUAACUAAGAAGUUCAUAAAUAAAGUAAGGCAAUUGUUAACGAAUAUUUAAGGGCAAUGGUUAAUAAAUAAAAAUAGAUUUUUUAUUAA